UGGGUACGCCCAGGCGCGAAAUGUAACGCGGGAAAAUCAGUGGCUCGGCCUGGGCUGUGGGCGCGGAGCGGUCGCGGCGGGAGCGGCCGCUCCUCCUCGAGCAUCGCCGGGACCGGGGCUGCCAGCGCUUCAGAAAGGUGCGGUGAGGCUGCGGCUGCUUCACCCCGGCCGUUGCUAUGGCCGGGGGCCGCCGCUGACUUUGCGGAUCCGCUCGGGGGUGACCGCGGGAGGUGCUGGUGGAGGAGGAAGAGGGACGAAGACCCCGCCGGGAGCCGCCGUCGCCGGCGACGAGCGGCUGAGGCGGGCCCGGGCGGCGACAGGACCUCCGUCCCGCUCCACAACCCCCCCAGUGCGCGGGCUCGGACAGGCGGGCUGAGCCGCCGCCGCGGAGCGCCCCCGAUCCUUCACCCCUUUCCCUGCGCCGGUGCCCGCCGGGGGUCGGUGAUGGCGGAGUGGCUGCCGCUGGGCCCUCCCCCGGUGAUUUUUUGCCAGGACUCUCCGAAGCGCGUCCUGGUUUCUGUUAUCAAAACCACCCCGAUCAAACCCUUCGCGCGGGUGGGCGGCGAGGAGCCGGCCCCCGCUCCGCCCGUCCCCACCAGCCCCGGCUUCAGCGACUUCAUGGUCUACCCGUGGAGAUGGGGCGAGAACGCCCACAACGUAACGCUCAGCCCCGGCGGCACCGCCGGCCCUUCGGCCGUCCCGCCGCCCCGCGGGGGAGCGAGCAGAGCCCCCACCGGGGACGAGGAGGAGGCGGGCAUCCCGGGCGGUGGCAGCAGGCACCGGCACCUGAAGGAUGGGAUAAGGCGCGGCCGGCCGAGAGCAGACACCGUCCGCGACCUGAUCAAUGAAGGAGAGCACUCUUCCAGCAGAAUACGUUGCAAUAUCUGCAACAGGGUCUUCCCACGAGAGAAGUCACUGCAGGCCCACAAACGAACCCAUACUGGUGAAAGGCCUUAUUUGUGUGACUACCCAGAUUGCGGAAAAGCCUUUGUUCAGAGUGGGCAGCUCAAAACUCACCAACGUCUCCACACAGGGGAAAAACCUUUUGUCUGCUCAGAGAACGGCUGUUUAAGCAGAUUCACGCAUGCAAACCGUCAUUGCCCCAAACAUCCAUAUGCCCGACUGAAGAGGGAGGAGCUCACAGGCAGGCUGAGUAAGAAGCAGACGGCUGACAAUAAAGCUGUGGCUGAGUGGCUGGCAAAAUACUGGGAGACCAGAGAACAGCGUGCUCCUGCUUUGAAAGCUAAAACGAUCCAGAAGACGGACCAGGAGCAGCAGGACCCAAUGGAAUAUCUUCAGUCUGAUGAAGAAGAUGAUGAAGAGAAAAACGGCGCUCAUUCGGCCGCUUGCCGCCGCCGCCUCCAGGAGCAGCGUGAACGCAUGCAUGGUGCACUGGCGCUCAUGGAGCUUGCAAACCUAGCUGUUGCACCUCUGUGACAGCAGACAGAACAGAGUCUGCCUAUACAAAAUGUACUUACUGGUGGUACUUAACCAGUUAGAUCCUGGGCAUAAGCUAAGCACCUUAUUUGCUUAUAAUAGGCUGCUAUUCUGUAGAACUUAUGAAGAAUGUUGUUGCCCCAUAACAUGGGGUGAGAGAAUUGCACUUUCUGUAUGGUAGAAGACAGAUGUAAAGUUUCUAAGUAUUUUGUAAAUAUGGGACUGCAUAACGCAGGGUUGACAAAUAUACAUGUUGUGGGGAGCUAGAUUUUGCAAGGUUAAUUCAUUGAUUUGGAGCAGUUUUCACAGGAAGCACUUUCUGAACAAAGUGUUCACAAUUAGCAGAAUGGUACACAUGGCCAAAGAAGGCUGACAAAAAGAAAAGUAUUUAUCUGACUAUUUAAACAAAUUUUUAUUAAGUGGUAGGUCUGAAGAUAUUGUUGAGCAGCAAUGAAACCAUGUUUUUCUAACAUCAGUGUGUCUUUACCUAGUAUCACUUGAGGUGGAAGGGAAAGCUUAGUUAUCUCGACUUGUAGAGGGGAAUAAACUGCUUCAUGCAGGAAACUUACAGGAUCGUUCAGGAUCUUCACUGUGACUGCUCAAGGUGUGAGGCUUGACCUUGCUGUUCUGCGUUUUCUGAUUUGGUUUCAGCAGAACCUGUUGGUAGCACUUGUUAUUCCAAACAUAUGUUCGGAACUUUUGCACAUUGUUGUGUUUAUCUGAAAAUGAUUAGUCUUGCAAAGUCUAGACAAAGGUAAACAAUUGGUAAGAAUUUUUUCGGAUAUGUUUGGACCCUGUAGUGAUUUGGCACUUGAUUUUAUUAAUAAAGGGGAUAUUUACAGGGUGGUAUGGAUGUGUAGUAAACUAUUCUAGAUCUCGUAUUAGCAAACACUAAGUUUUAAAGUAUUGCUUUUAUAUGAUUAUUAGCAGAUAGAGGCCUCCGUACUUCCUGUGCAUAAAGCCACCUUAUUGCUUUACUUCAGGAUAACACGCCAAUUUUGUGUUCACUAACUGUAGCACAGCUAUCAAUUAAACACUGCAGAAAAAUAUUCAGUAUACAACUAGAAAAUAGGCUUCCAAAGAUAGUUACAAGUUAACAGUGUGAUUUCAUAUAUUUUCCAAAUAAAUGCAGUUACAGAACGCUGCCUAGUACUUGGAUGCUGAUAUGUUUAGUCAUAUAUCUUUGUCACUUUGUGAAUGUUGGAUACUUUCAAAUAGCAUUGUCUCAUGGUGAUCUUUUUCUCUAUGUUGCUUUGAAGGCAACCAGAGAUUCUUGAUAUGCUAACAAAGCUUUGUUUUCAGAUUGAACUUGUUGAUGUAUGGGUGUUGGUUGGUUGUUUUAAGCUACUGCUUUAGGGGGAUAUUAAUAAUUUGUAUUGACUGACCUGCUUGCUUUAACUCCUUCCUCUCAUUGAAGGUCAGGAAAUUCAAAUGAGAAGGGAAGCCACUUCCCCUCUCGCUUAAACAAGAGGAAGAAAUCAUUUUAUCAGUCACUUGAUAUAGAUUGACCAGAUGCAUACAGCUGUUCUGGGAAAGUAGUGUGGUUUUACACCAGAAACUGCAACUAUUGGAUUAUGUUCUCUCAUAAUUGAUAACCUGAUUGUGACUGAAAAUCUCAUUAACCCAGUUGAAGUAAUGUGUUGAUGCACUUAACUGAAGAGUAGUUGAAUGAUUAAGAAAAAAAAAAAUCACCUUCAUUGAAUGUAAAUAAUUUUGCACCAGUGAUACGGUUUAACUUUUGCUUUCAGCUCCUAAACUUAGCUAACAUCAGGGUCAUUUGUUUCUAAGUCUUCUAGGCUUAAAGAUAUGAGACACCAUAGUCAUUCUCAGCUUCUUAGCCUAUGUAAAACUGGUAAUUCACAUGCGUAAGUUUGGAGUUUCUUAAAUACGUUACAUGGUUUUGACUGUUGAGGUGGCUGCAUGCAAAUCAGGUGGCUGCAUGCAAGUAGUCUGAUGCCAAAAUGAACGCUGAGCAUAAAUCUGUUGUACUUCUGAGUCAUAACUCAGAACUGCUCCUGAGGAGUAUUUCACACAUUCACUGCGUAAUUACCAGCCAGUUGCAGGAUGGAGUCAUAACUUACUUUUUGAGUUGUUUUUUUUUUAAAUUCCUCCCUCCUCCCCAGUCAGCUGUAAUGCUUCGGGCAACUCACAGAGUAUGACAAGUACACUGAAUUUACUACUGGCUGUAGACAAAAAUCUAGACAGCUGAAGCAGUUUGGUGUUGUGACAAGUUUUGCGUAAAAUACCAAGUUAAAAAAAAGACUGAGAUGUGGAAGACUGCUUUUUGUUUUAUUAAGAAGUGAUUACCUACAAGAAAUCAUGUUCAGUGUUUCUUAAGAUUGAAGUUGUAGUUUGGCACGACUUAACAGCAAAGUGGAUGUGCUGUCAUUUUAAUAGGCGCUUCGAAUAAAACCUUGGUUUAGUUUUCAA